AUGGUCAGCGGCCUCUCAAGCCACAGAUGUGAUGCAACUCGAGUUCUAGGAUACCCCGAUGGACCUGAGAAUAGAAUGUUCAGAUUAAAUAACACCAUAUUUAAACUAGCAUUUUACUCGGUAUGUGCACUUGGCGUGUUUGUAUGGUACGUUUCAAAUCUAAUGGUUUAUACUAUAAGCCAACCAAUUAUAAAAAGUACAAGAAUAACCAAACUCAAUAAAACUGUCCACGAAAAUAUUAAAUUCAUCCUUAUAUGGACGGAUCCAGCAAUAGACCCAAUCGUGAAAUUGGGAAAUGGCCAACAGACGUUCGUCGAAAGAGAAUGCCCAGUAAAAUCAUGUUUUGUCACUUCAGACAGACAUUUUUUCAAAGAUAUAACUGAGUUUGAAGUGAUAAUUUUUCAUGGUAAAGAGAUUGUACGAAGUCUCCCUGCCAUGCCGGAAAUACGAUCUACUCACCAAAAAUAUAUUUUUGCUUCCAUGGAAUCUUCUGACUACUAUCCAAUAUGCGACGUUAGAUUUAAAGGCUUUUUCAAUUGGACAUGGACUUAUAAGUUAAAUUCUGAUGAGUACAACGGCUAUAUUAUAGUUAGAAAUAAAAAGGGUAUUAUUAUAGGACCUAAACAAGAUAUGGAUUGGUUAAGAAUUGAAGAAAUGGAUCCUGUGACCAAAGAAGUUGAAAUAAAGUUGAGUCGCAAAACAAAAAUUGCUGCGUGGUUUGUUUCUAACUGUAGAGCUCCUAGUGGCAGAGACUAUUUUUUUAUAGAAGUCCAAAGGGAAUUGAAUAAACACGGUUUGUCAGUUGAUGUAUACGGAGAAUGUGGAAAUAAAAUUUGUCCACGCGAUGACGAGAGCAAAUGCUUUAAAUUGAUAAAAAGGGACUACUAUUUUUACUUCGCUUUUGAAAAUUCUUUAAGUGAAGAUUACGUAACUGAAAAAUUAUUGACCGCAAUUCGAAACUACGCCAUUCCAGUCGUUUAUGGUGCUGCGAAUUAUACGAGGUUCAUGCCUAAUGGUACCUACCUAAACGGUCGAGAUUUAGGCGCGAAAGAACUUGCAAGACAAAUGAUUGAGAUUUACGAAGACAAGAAAAAGUAUAAAAGAUUUUUUAAGUGGCAUAAUCAUUACUCUUAUCACGACGUGUAUGAAUCUCCGGAAAGUGAUAGCAUUUGCAAGCUGUGCGCAAUAAUUAAUAACAAAACAGUAUUUGAUAAGGCAACUGUUUAUGAAGAUUUUAAUUCAUGGUGGAAUCCGAAGGGCCGGUGUUAA